CGCUACCUGGUGGCCAUGGCAACGGCGGAUCUACUAACAAUCAUCUUUGAGGUCAUACUGUGGCGCAUAAGUUAUUAUUACUUCCCCUCGACUUUCCAGGACAUCACCCCCAUGUGCAGUGCGAUCUCUGCCCUGGGACAGGCAGCCACUGACUGUUCUGUCUGGUUCACCGUCACUUUUACGUUUGAUCGGUUUGUCGCCAUCUGUUGCCAGAAACGGAAAGCUGAGUAUUGCACCGGGACAACUGCGGCUGUGGUGAUCACAAUAAUCGGUGUUCUGUUCUGUUUUAAAAAUGUGCCCUCUUUAUUUGUAUUCCAUCCUGUAAAAAUUAUUGGCAAUAUACCCUGGGACUGUAUUCGAAAGCCGAGCUACUAUACGGAUCCCGGGUGGGUGGGACAUAAUUGGCUUACUACCGUUCUAACGCCAUUACUCCCGUUCGUGUUAAUACUCCUGUUCAACGCUCUGACAGUCAGACACAUUUUAGUGACCAGUCGCGUCCGUAAGGGACUGAGGGGUCAGAGCAAGGCGGAGAACCGCAGUGACCCGGAGAUGGAGAGCAGGAGGAGGUCUGUGAUCUUACUUCUCACCAUCUCCGGAAGCUUCAUCACCCUGUGGUCGGUGAGAGUUGCCGAAUUCCUUUAUUACAUCUUUGCGGGAUUGGAUCCAAACAAUUACAAGGAUUCGGAAUACAUUUUUCAACACACCGGAGGCAUGCUGAUGAUAUUAAGCUGUUGCACAAACACUUUCAUUUAUGGGGUGACUCAGUCGAAGUUCAGAGAGCAAUUCAUCAGCGCAGCGAGAUAUCCGCUCACGUCAAUUAUUCAAAUAAUUAAUGAUCAAAUUAUCUAA